AUGACUCACAGUAAACGUAAAUCGGACGUUAGCGAAUAUACACUAGAUGAAGUUGAACUACCAAGCGAAAAACGCUCAAAAGUUGAAUUGAAUACGAAUGACUUGCUGCUUUUAAACGACGCACAUUGCAUUGAAACUGACUAUCAAACUGUCUUUGAAACAAUUGCUGAUAAAUUAAUUAAUUCUUAUGAAUUGGUUCUCAAUGCAAAACACAUUUUUCGUUUAUCUGAAAUCGAAUUUUAUUUUUAUCAUCAAACUCGUCAUCCCGAUACAUUUGCUCAUCGGCAUCCCGAGCAACAACGCUAUUCAAAUUGGUAUUUCCAUCGGCAGGGCACUUCAUCAACAGCUAGUUACAAAGCUGGAACUUAUAAAGGUGUAGACAUAACAUUUGGUUCGUCCAAUGAUUCAUCCUACGGUGGUAUUCUUAUUCGAUCAAUAGAAAAUAAACAAACCGGUCAAAUAUACGAAGGAAGUUGUUUAGUGGUUGAUGCUAUAUUGAAUUUAUGUGAUUGUAAAGCAAUAAAAGAGCUUGUUGAAACAAAAUUAAAUAAAAAUCUGCGUGUUUUUAAUGAAAAAUCAACUAUGUAUUUACGUUCGAUUCAAACAGCAACAGCAGCCAUUCAAAAAAUUCUUGCAUCACCACGUGUUGGUUUAACAUUGAAAGUGCCGUCGGUUGAUCGAGAACGAUUUUUAUUUCGUUCGUAUCGCUUUACGCCACAAAAUUAUUAUCCGUCGAAAAUGAAAAUGAUGAUUGUAUUAGUAUUGGCGGGAGAAAAAUAUUUUCAUGACAAACAAGGAACAUUGACUAGUCACGCUAAUUAUCUAUCUGAUAAAACAAAUAGUCGUUUAUCAACGGUGAAGAGCAAUUUAAAUGAUUUGCAAAACGGUUACGAUACAGAUACAUCUAAGAAGUCAUCACCAUUAGUUGAUUAUUAUAAAAAGAAUUUGUCAGCAUCAGAUUUAGCUAGAGCUUACGGAAUAUGGCUUCGACAAUAUCGAUCAACAUGA